UACGCUGCUGAUUGGCGUUACGCAGGUAUCCAGCUAUUAUUUAUUACCCCAAAGCCCAGACGCUUCAUUUAUCCUGACUGGCUCUCACAGCGGGAUCUAGCCGAUUCCACUCUACUUUGCACUUGGGCGCACUCAGCUGACUUACCAACCGCAUUAUCUGCUCGACAGAAGACAGGCGACACCAACAAGAUGAGAAGAGGUUUGCUACUGGUGACUUUUUUCCUCGUCAUGGAAUUUCGCUACAGCCGGUGCAGAUGCGACGAGCCCGGAUCGCGCAGAUCAACUUCAGAUGUAGGUUCCCGGGCGCGGGAGAUGGAUGACAUUUUUAUUGGACUUAUGGGACGGAGAAACGCAGAGACUGAUAAUGGUGCCUGGAGGAGAGAAUCUCCAGAGAGGAGAGGCAUUUUUCUCAACAAGUGCAGGCUGAGGUUACUUCAGGGACUGUAGACACUGAGAGUUACUUUCAUUUGGCUACAAUGACAGAAUAUCACCGAGAACAUCAACAGCAAACCAAAUGUCUGAUGGAAACGAAAAAAAACACAUGAUUCCCACUGUACCCGGCUUAUGAAAGUGACAAUGUACCAAGCAUAAUGUACGGUUUUAUUUGGAGACAAAGCAUAAUUAGAAGUAAUAAAUUCUAUUUCUUUAUCAUGUCAUUCUUUUUCUUAAAGUUCAGAAUAAAUGUAAUUUUUAUACAUAAUUCAUUCAUUUAAAUGUUGGUGCAUUUCCCCUUGUUGUUUAAGUGAUUCUUCAAGCUGUUGUCUCAUGUUGAGACAAUAAUGUUCAGUCACAGUGUUGGGUUAAAUAAAAUCAGGUGCUC